UCAUCAUACAUCAUAUAACCAUUUAUAACCGAUAAAUACGUUAUGUUCCAACAAUUAAAUUUGUCAAAAACACCCAUAAAUAAUUGAUUUGACAUUUACAGCACACCAAAAAUUAAACCACACUAACAAACAUUGAAAGAAAAAUCACAAUCAAAAUAACAAUUUUCCAACAAAUUCUAUGCUUUCAAUUAUAUAAUCCCUAAUCAUUCAUUAAUCAAUAUUUAAUCUCAUAAUUUUGGCCCUAAUCACAUUAAUAAACAAUUAAAAUUGAAAAGAAAAAAAAAACAAUAAAUGUGAUACGAUUUAGCUAGCUUAUUAUUAUUCCCUCGUCUCUCUCCUAGAUCUGAAACACGCACACUCACUCACUCACACACUCACACACCCCAACAUAAUCAUAAUUCCAACCAAAAAAACUGAUUAAUCCGAUUUUUACUCUUUCUCUCUCCUCCCUUUCUCUCUCUUCGUCCGCCAUUGUUGAAUCCUAAGCUUUCUCUCUCCUCCAUUUUCAUUUCUCUCUCCGUACUAUCUGUAUUUUUGUUUCUGUUUUUUAUUUUUUUGGUACAUUGAGUUUUUUCGAACAUUGAUCACUUUUUUCGAUUUUUUUGAGGAUUUAUUUGUUCGAUCCUAAAAAUUGGAGAUCACAUUUUCGUGAACCCUAGGCGGAGUUUGAGGUUGUAAUGUUUGUUUGAGUAAUUAGUGUGAUUAAGUGAAGAAGAAGGAAGACUGUGAUCUGGAAUUCCGCUGAUUUUCAGGUGGAAUUGUUGGUGUUUGCUUUGAGAGGUUAUGCUUUUCGAAAUUCUGGGAGAUUUGGGAUAAUUAGAGUAUAAAUUGAAUUUUAGUUUAGUUUUCUGGGAAAUUGUUUGUGUUUUCAGAUGAAUUUUUGAAGGAGAAGAGGUAGAAAUUGGACAUGAGAAGCUCUUGGUUUAAUAAAUUGUCGCUCAUUUUUGGUCAUAGAAUUCGGCAUAAUUGGUUCCUUUUGUGCCUUAUUAGUAUUGUUGCAUUAGUUGUUAUUAUAGGCUCUUCAUCAUCGUCAUUGAGAGAAUUCGAUUCGAUAGGACCUCCUCGAUUUCCCAAUGUUUACACCAAUUAUAGAAAGUUGAAGGAGCAAGCAGUAGUUGAUUAUUUUGAUUUGAGGUUUCUUGCGUCGGGGAGUAAUCCUAGGCAAAAGGAGCUUUCCCUUUGUGGGAAGGAGAAGGAGAAUUAUGUACCUUGUUAUAAUUUGACCGCGAAUUUGAAGGCGGGGUUUAAGGAUGGUGAGGAGUUUGAUAGACAUUGUGAGUUGUUUCGGAAUGAAGACCGGUGCUUGGUUAGGCCUCCGAAGGAGUAUAAGAUUCCCUUGCGAUGGCCUGCUGGCCGAGAUGUGAUUUGGAGUGGAAAUGUGAAGAUCACGAAAGAUGAUUUCCUUUCUUCUGGAAGCAUGACUAAAAGGAUGAUGUUACUGGAAGAAAACCAAAUUGCUUUUCACAAUGAUGACGGGUUGAUAUUUGAUGGCGUGAAAGAUUAUGCUCGCCAACUUGCAGAGUCUAUAGGGCUUGGUAGUGACUCAGACUUCCUUCAAGCUGGUGUGCAAACUGUGCUUGAUAUUGGCUGUGGCUUUGGAAGCUUUGGGGCCCAUUUAGUUUCUUUAAAAUUGAUGCCUAUUUGUAUUGCUGCAUAUGAAGUGACUGGUAGUCAAGUUCAAUUGGCCCUUGAGAGAGGUCUUCCAGCAAUGCUUGGCAAUUUCAGCUCUAGGCAACUUCCAUAUCCAUCAUUGUCAUUUGACAUGGUUCACUGUGCUCAAUGCGGCAUUGAUUGGGAUGGAAAAGAUGGAAUGUUCAUUAUAGAAGUGGACCGGUUGCUCAAGCCUGGAGGUUACUUUGUUUUAACCUCUCCUGCAACCAAACCACAAGGAAGCUUGUUGGCAACAAAGAAAGGCAAUAUGUUGACUCCAGUUGAAGAUUUCACUCAAAGGAUUUGCUGGAGUCUUCUGGACCAGCAAGAUGAUACUUUAAUCUGGCAGAAAACUGCUGAUGCACAUUGUUAUGAAGCUAGGAAACAGGGGCUGCCUCUUUGCCAGGAUGAGCAUGAAAGUCAAUCAUAUUACCGCCCCCUUGUUAAAUGCAUCAGUGGAGCACACAGUAAAAGAUGGGCUCCCAUUCGUAACAGGUCCAAUGGUUCUCGGUUAACCUUGGAAGAACUACAAGUACAUGGUGUUCAAUAUGGAGAGUUUUAUGAAGAGAGGGAAUAUUGGAAGUCGGCCCUUAGAAACUAUUGGUCGUUGCUUACCCCCUUGAUAUUCUCAGACCAUCCAAAACGCCCUGGUGAUGAAGAUCCAUUACCUCCAUAUAACAUGGUACGCAACGUAAUGGACAUGAAUGCUUUUUAUGGGGGUUUCAACGCUGCACUUUUGGAUGGAAAGAAAUCAGCAUGGGUCAUGAACGUAGUUCCCAUAGGGAGUCCCAAUACACUCCCCCUUAUACUUGAUCAAGGCUUUGCUGGUGUUCUGCAUGACUGGUGCGAGCCUUUCCCAACUUAUCCUCGAACCUAUGACAUGCUGCAUGGCAGUGGGCUUCUUUCUCUCCUCAGUUCAGAGAAAUGUAGUAUGAUGGACUUGUUUCUGGAAAUGGAUAGAAUUUUACGGCCAGAGGCUUGGGUUAUUCUUUCUGAUAAUGUUGGAGCCAUAGAAAUGGCAAGGACACAUGCCACUCAGAUUCGCUGGGAGGCCAGGGUGAUUGAUCCACAAAAUGGAAGUGAUCAGAGGCUUCUUGUAUGCCAGAAGCCAUUCUUGAGAAAAUAAUCACUUUAACAUUUAGACCUCCACUGCAGGGGCCUCUACAUUGUCAACUCUGGGCAGAAUUCACAUGAAUAUAGUACAGAAGCUGCUUGGGCUAUUGAGUAUUAGACGAAUUUGGUUGUCUUCAUCCUUGACAAUGGGCAGGUUGAAGUUGUAGAUUAGGAGAAUAUAUUCAUUGCAGAAAAAAAAAAAGCUGCAAAUUUUUUUGGCCUGGCAUUUGUAGCAAUUCAUUCUUUUUUUUAUUUUUUACCACUCGUCCCACAAGUUUUUGUUUCCGCUCCUGUAUCUUAUAUUUUUCAUUGAUUUUUUUUUUUGGUAUUGAUCGUUGUAACGGUGAAUUAUUGUCUAUCUGAAGAGAGCAUAGCAAUCGACGAUAUGUAACAGGUGAUAUCCUUUAUGAUUGGAAGAGCGAAGCUAUAUCUUUCUAAUCAUCCUACUGUUAAUUGCUCAGAGCUGAAUUAUAAAUAUCACAGAUUUACAGCUA